UCCUCCUGACUCAGCCUCCCGAGUAGCUGAGACUACAGCUCAUCUGUGUCAUUCUCUCACAAUGGAAGGGAUGAAGAAGACUGAUACCCAACUGCCCACAAGUAGGCAGAAGCCUAUAAAGACUGAGUGGGAUUCCCGAAGUGUCCUCUUCACCUAUUUCCAGGGGGACAUCAACAGCGAAGUGGACGAGCACUUCUCCAGAGCUCUGAGCAAUAUUAAGAGGCCCCAGGAAUUGAACCCCUCGAGCCAGAGCCAGAGUGAAGAAGUGAUCCUAAAAAAUGAUGGUGACAUGCCUCCAAAUCAUUGGCAUUUCUCUUCUCCCUGGACAAAGCCACUGCCAGAAGCAUCCCUUGCAACUCCUGCCACCACCAGCAGAUUGAGUGUGUGUGAUCCCAUGGCCGUGGAUCACUACCCCCUGGCCCUGUCGGAGACACCCUCUGCUCAUCCCAGGGAGCUGUGGCAUUUCCCCUCCCUGGCAAGCCCCAGCACCCCAGAGCCUGGCUAUGCUCAAGUAUUUCCCGGUGGGCACCUGGUUCCAGGGCCUCACCAAGCUAGGAAAUGUGAUCCCUUCCUAAGUUACCUCCAGCAGGACAGAUGCCUAACUUGUCCUCAGGAACCUGCCGUGAGGGAAGAUUACAACCCUGUCCAGAUCGCCGGAAGCACGGGACUGUUCUUCAACCUGCCUCCCAGCUCAGUCCACUGUAAGGAAACGCUUACAGAUACUUGGAAGACUGCCUCUGAUUGGCCGUGGUUGAGUAAAAAACUGUAUGUCUCCCCGAGUCCUGGACCUGUCAGUCCCAGCCUUGCAAAUGAAAGAAGCCCGUCUCCAGAGAGAAGAAAAAACCUGUUCUUUUAUUAACCUUGGUGUGAUGAAGAGAAUUUUUUUCUAAACCUGCACAUAAUUUUUUCAAACUGUGAAUCCAAGGGUCUCAUCUCUAGUUUCCAUUUCUGCCACUAAAGAACACUGAAUCGGAAACAAGUUUAUGCUCUCCCUAAAACUGUGUAUUUCUUUUCUUUGGCAACUAUAUCCUAUGCCAAGGUUUUUCAAACUUGUUAAGUGAAUCCCCAGCAUAUAAAAUGUUUAAAACAGUUCUUCUGGAGUGGAGAGCAUUCAUCCCACUCGCUCACUACAUGUGCUGCCUUCUUACUGAAAAAUCAUAGCCGCCAACACUCCCUAGCAGCAUCCUUUGAGGCAAAACUGACCACAUGAGAUUUUGUGGGGCUGCCCCAUUUUUUCAUUUGAAUCGAGGUAUCGACAAGUCCGAAGUUUUCCAGUCUUAAUUGGACUAUGGCCAACUUCACUCUUGCCUCUACCAAAAGCAACAUGAAAAUGGAGUAGGCAAGACCUGCCAAGAAUGGGUUGAGGCCGCAGUCUCCCUACAUAUCCCAAAUCCGGAAAAAAGCUGAAAACUCUCAGUCUGAACCUGACCGAUGAACUAUGUUCACUUGGAGAUUUUGGUUCCUCAAUUCUAAAAAAGUUGUUGAGAAAUGUGACAACUUACUUAUUGGAAACUGAGCAAAGUGGCCCAUCCCAAGUUGGGCUUAUUGCUGGAGCAGAGUUUAUUCCGUAUCCAGAUCACUUCCUCAGUGCAGUUCCUUCAGUUUCCAUCUUUGCUUGCUCUCAUGAUGGGGACUCGGGCACCUGACAACCUACAGGUGUCCUUUUGGAGCCUGGUGGAGUAUGACGCCCUUCCAAAUGGGGCUCACCUGGCUUUCACAAACAAUGUAACUUUUUCUUUAGUUCCUUCAGCAUUAGUAACAUCUGAGAAAUACUUUCUUCUCAGCACUGAACUACUGGGGCCACCCAGCUGGAUACCCGUCACAUUUUCCGUCAAGUUGGAGGAGCAAGGCAAGACUUGGCACAAGAU